AUGGCCGGCGAUGAGGAAGAAGAUGACUACCUCUCGAUGACCUUCGACAACGCGCCUGCAAAGAAGGAGACGUCGUUGCAACGGACAGCGCGCCUGAAGAAGGAGGCUGCUGAGCGCGGCAAGGUAAAAUCGAAAGCCGAGCGCAAAGAAGAGGACAGGCAGCGGCUCGAGAAUGCUCUUGCUACUGAAAUAGACAGCUCCAACAAAGGAGCUCAAAUGAUGGCCAAAAUGGGUUUCAAAGGCGGUGCGCUCGGCAAGACCGCAGACGCAAGAACCCGGCCGAUCGAGGUAAAUAUCAAAGAAGACCGCGGUGGAAUCGGCAUGGAGAGCGAUAAAAAGCGCAAGCUUCGAGAGGCGGCUGAAGCUCUGGGCGUUCAAGAGAAGAAGAUCAAGCUUGAUGCGGAUGACUACCGAGAGCGAAAUCGGCUGGAAGCAGAGGAGAAGCGCAAGGAGGGACAGUGGUGGUCAGCAAUGCGGAUACUUGAGGGCUUUGAGACGGACGCGAAGCCUGAGGGCGAAUUGUCUACAUCUGAAGCCGGGAAGGCAGGCGCAGCGCCGAGUAAUGACAGGAAGAAUGCGCCAUUGUCGUCCAUCACACUCUUCUGGCGGCCUCUCGCAAAGUCUAGGCUGGAGAAAGAACGCGAGCGCCGCAUGCGCUACGAUCUUGACCAAAGCUUGUCGCGGAGGGAUGAUUAUACCGAAGAGGACGAGGACGACAAUUUGGCGUUCGGCACAGAGGUUGAAGAGGAUAUUGAUGAAGAGGAUGCUGAUCUUGACGAGUAUGAAGCGUUGCCUAUAGCGCAGCGGCUGGACAAGAUAUUGAAGCAUCUCCGGGAGAAGUACAACUACUGCUUCUGGUGCAAGUAUCGGUAUGCAGAUCAGAGCAUGGAGGACUGUCCUGGAUUGACAGAGGACGAGCAUGGAUAG